AAUAGCAAUAUUGAAGGUCUCUUGGCUUAAUUUUUUUACCUCCUAUUCUCCAUGGUUUCUCUGCAGCACAAAACGUUUAAUUGUUGAUGUAAUCCGCUUUCAACCUGGGGAGACUCUGACUGAAAUCUUGGAGACUUCAGCUACCUCAGAGCAAGAAGCAGAGCAUCAAAGAGCUAUGCAGAAACGGGCCAUUCGUGAUGCUAAAACUCCUGAUAAGAUGAAAAAAUCUGUGUCUGUAAAGGAAGACGGCAACUUAAAUCUUCAGGGUAAAAAGGAGAAAAUCAAGACAGGCCUGAAGAAGUUGACAGAACUAGGGACAGUGGAUGCAAAAAAUAAAUACCAGGAACUAAUCAAUGACAUUGCAAAGGAUAUCCGAAAUCAGCGUAGAUACCGUCAGAGAAGAAAGGCAGAGCUCGUGAAGCUGCAGCAGACAUACAGUGCCUUGAACUCCAAAGCUACCUUUUAUGGGGAACAAGUUGAUUAUUACAAAAGCUACAUCAAAACCUGCUUGGAUAACCUGGCCAGCAAGGGCAAGUAAGUAUCUCAGAACUGUGCUGUGACCCUUGU